UAUUAUUGUUUAAACAGACCACAGAGAUUGAAUACUUCCUGAGCAGAGAAAUCAGUGAAGAUCUUGACAAGCUGACAGAUAUUUUUCAAGAAGCCAAUAUCAAACAGCACAGCUCACGUUUUCUUGCAGCAGGCUUUAGCAUACAUGAAAAGUAAUGUUUCGAAAGGUGUGGAACAGCUUCAAGAAAUAAACAGUAAAAUUGACCAUGUGGACCUACAAAAAAUUCCAGAAACAAUCCAUCAGGUGGAACUUUUCAGGUGGCCGAUUACAAUUGUUCUCCUGUGCCUUUUAAUUUUUUUCUGCCUCAUUCUGUUGUGGGGAAUCAUCCAACAUUCUCGCUGCCUGCUUAUUUUUUUUGCUGUGGUGGGGCUUGUGUCAGUGGUCCUGUGCUGGAUUCUUGUGUCUCUCUACCUGGGACUGUGUGUUGCUGUCUCUGACUUCUGUGUGGAUCCAGAACCCUUCUUGUAUAAGCAAGCACAAUCAAGUAUCAAUACCAAUGUAUUAUCCUACUACCUGCAUUGUGAUGACUCGGUUGUUAAUCCGUUUACUGCUCCAAUCAAAGAAAGUACCAAGACAGUAGACAACAUGGAGAGCACUCUGAAUGUUGUAAUUCAGAUAACUGGUGUGUUUUAUCCUGAGCAGCAGGUGAAAGCAACACUAAACCACCUGUCCACAAAGUUAAACAGCACAGAGAAGACUGUGUCAGGGAUGGCUGCCCUCUUGAAUUGUCAGGCUAUGCAUAAAGAUUACGUUACUGCUAUGGAGGCUACUUGUGUGGAUGUCUUAAAGGGCAUGGCCUACAUGCUUGUAUCAGCUGCAGGAGCAGGUAUCUUCUUUACAGUACUUAUCUGGGUAGCUUCACACACUUGGAUCCACAUUCGUAAGAAACGAAGAACCAACAAUAUAGAUGAAGAAGAUCCUUUCCUUCCACCAUCAGCAGUUCACACCAAUGCAGGCAGAAUUCGAGACACGUAUGGCACUAUUGGAUUAUUCUCCUUUUUAGGUCAUCAUUCUCCAAAUCGACAUUUUGCUGCUGCUUCAGUGAAUUCCCAUUCAUCGGAUCAAGCUUUUCUUCCUGGGCGGUAUACACCCCCACCUUCUUAUCAUCAACUUUCUGGAUGUGCAUUUGAGGGAAAUGAAGGCUACAUAUCUCAGAGGGCCUGAAGAUCAAUCCACCUACUUAAUCUGACAUGUUCUACAACAUUUGAACUCAUCACAACUGUUUUUAUACCUUUUAUUCUGUUGAAGAAAAUAUUGUACAGAAGUUUUACAUUGCAUUCUUAAGAAAUUAAGGAUAUUAUGUUGUAUAUUGAUGUUUGUCUUUUCCUUUAGGCAAAAAAAGCACUAUUCAUAUGACAAGUUAUAUAUAUAUAUAUAUAUCUUUCUACCUGCAGAAUUUUCUCAGAUAUUUAUCUAUUCAAUAUUGUACUAGUCAAAUAGUUUAAGUUAUGAUAAAGAUUGUUUAAAUGAUAUUAAAGAAUGAUGCACUUCCUAUUGUAAAAAACUUCAUAAAAUGUAAAGAAAAACUUUAGAAAACCUGAAUUGUUAAACAUGUUGGUGAGGGUGUGUGAGAGGUAAUUGAUAAGAAACAUGUUGUUGAGGGUGUGUCAGGAUUAGUUGUUAAGAAACAUGUUGGUGAUGGUGUGUCAGGAUUAGUUGUUAAGAAACAUGUUAUUGAGGGUGUGAUAGGAUUAGUUGUUAAGAAACAUGUUGGUGAUCGUGUGUCAGGAUUAGUUGAUAAGAAACAUGUUGUUGAUGGUGUGUCAGGAUUAGUUGAUAAGAAACAUGUUGUUGAGGGUGUGUCCGGAUUAUUUGAUAAGAAACAUGUUGUUGAUGGUGUGUCAGGAUUAGUUGAUAAGAAACAUGUUGUUGAUGGUGUGUCAGGAUUAUUUGAUAAGAAACAUGUUGAUGGUGUGUCAGGAUUAUUUGAUAAGAAACAUGUUGUUGAUGGUGUGUCAGGAUUAUUUGAUAAGAAACAUGUUGUUGAUGGUGUGUCAGGAUUAGUUGAUAAGAAACAUGUUGGUGAAGGUGUCAGGAUUAGUUGAUAAGAAACAUGUUGGUGAUGGUGUGUCAGGAUUAGUUGAUAAGAAACAUGUUGAUGGUGUGUCAGGAUUAGUUGUUAAGAAACAUGUUGUUGAUGGUGUGUCAGGAUUAGUUGAUAAGA